GCGCAACCACGAGCAAGAGGCCAAGUGCCAGCCACCGCUGCGCCAUUGCGCAACCUAACCCUAAAAUCGGGCACCACUCCAUGGCGGAAGCGAGCAUUGCGCGCGUGCUGCGCAGCGGGGCCGCCGAUGGCGAGCACGCGGCUGCCGUGAUGGUGAUCAACGCCGUCGAUACAACAGCCGGGUUGGGCAUCUUCAGGCAUUUUGUGGAAUCGCUGGCUGCCAACCUUGCGUCGGGAGCGGCACAAGCGAAAGGAUUGGUGUUGGUCGCAUCGUCUUCUAGUCCGCAAACUUAUUUCUCCGUGCUGAGAAAUGUGUCAUCGUCCUGCUUUCAGGUUCUGGACUGUUUUUCGGAUCCCCUGGGGUGGGAUAGGCUGAUCUCGCCAAACACAACUAGUCUGGAGGAGAUGAAAGCUAUCGACGUGAGGAACCUCAGCUCUCUUUUCUCAAAAAUUCACGAGGCUGGCAAAGUGUUCGCCGAUAAGCAACCUAAAGGAAGAUUUGCUGUCGCGAUUGACUCGCUGACCUUUUUGAUGCGGCACCACUCUUUGGCCGCAGUCUCGAGCUUUAUUUGCCAGCUUCGGGCUCUCGAUAGCGUGUCUGCAAUCCUGUGGUUCACGGAUGGUGGUCUGCAUCAGGCCAGGGUCGUGGACGCACUGGAGUAUAAUGCAACAGCCACCGCUUUUGUGGAGCCGCAGUUGGAUUUUCUUGACGCGAGAGGUGUCGGAAGGCUACGAAUCCGGCACAAGCGAAGAAACGGGCGGGUCUCAGAAAAGGUGGAUGAGUUCAGGGUGGAGGUUGGGAGGUUCAACUUCUUCCCCGUGGAGCUUGGCACCAAAGUAGACAAUGUUGAUGCGAUUCACAAGGUUCAGUUUAGACUGCACCUGUCAGACAAGGAAGUGGAAGACAGAUCCAGAGUGAGACUUCCCUUCGAACACCAAGGGGACGGACAGGAGGUGCGAAUAUAUGACGGUCGCCAGUCAGAAGCUGGAGUCGAAACAAAAUCUUCCAGCGGCAGCAUUCACUACCUGCGGGAUUCCGAUGACGAAAUGCCAGAUUCCGACGAAGACCCCGACGAUGACUUGGAUAUCUGAGCAGGAACUCUGGCCACUCAACCAUUAUACAACGAGUUUAAACUUUACACGGAGACUUGCGGAUUUUCAAGCGAACAUAUUUCACCUGAGAAAUGGUGUGGAAGAACGUCUUCUCAAGCACUUCGUCUGGAAUUCCGGAUCCAAACAUGGACUGAGCAACGAACUAGAGUCCAGGGAGGUGGGAGUUGAGCGUGACGAUGACUUUGGCGUUGGUCUUCCCCACGCUCAUCUGCCAGUGGAUGAGACCCUCAUGACUUCGCCCUUGGUGAUCACUCUGGCAUACAGCCGGCUGUCCGAGGUGAUGAUAGCGGCGUGGACGCUGCCUUCUUCGACGUAGACGAGCUCCGAAGCUCGGGGAUGGGUGUGCGGAACGAUGAUCCCACCCAGUGCGAAGUCGAGCCUGCCAAUGGACAGGCCCAGCCCCGGGAAGAGUUGGACUGUUCCAAAGGUGGCACCAGCUCGGUCCACGUUGGUGAAUUUGGAAGAAUUGACGAGGCCGCAAUAGAUGAAGUGGGCGUUGAUAUUCAAGUCCAUGGUGAGAUUAGCGAUGCAGAAGUCCUGGAGGGGGGUCCGGGUCGGACGAAACAGCCGAGCCGACGAAGAAAGCGAACAACACCAGAGUGCAGGAGAGUCAUACAUACGAUCGGUCGAUAAGCUUGUCGAAGGAGUGGGGGGAUGGCUGGAUUUGAUCACCGAUGCACGGGGAGUUGCGUUGUGCGCACGCAACUCGAUUCGAUUCAAUUCAAAGCUGCAAUUAUCUCUUUGGUAA